UGCCCUACCCUUGUAACUUCUAAGCAAGAAUAACUUAAAAUUAGCAAAUUAAGCAAGAAAAGAUAGAAUUGAAGAAGAUGAACUCUCAUCAACACCACCACCACCACCACCACCUUACUAAGAAAUGGGAAAACCUACACGGCCAAAACAAUUGGGAAGGUCUCUUAGACCCUCUGGAUAUCGAUCUCCGUCAAAACAUCAUCCGUUACGGAGAGAUGGCACAAGCUAGCUACGACACUUUCAACAGCACGAAGAUAUCGAAAUAUGCCGGUAGUAGUCGUUACUCUAAGAAGGAUUUCUUCACAAAAGUAGGUAUUACAAAUGGAAGACCUUACAAGUACCGGGUCACUAAGUUUUUGUACGCAACUUCGGGGAUAGCUUUGCCUGAUGCUUUUAUGUUCAAGUCUGCUUCUAGGGAGGCGUGGAGUAAGGAGUCUAAUUUUAUAGGCUAUGUUGCGGUGGCGGAAGAUGAGUCGGUGGCGUUGUUAGGGCGGAGGGAUAUUGUUAUAUCUUGGAGAGGGACAAUACAGUCGUUAGAAUGGGUUAAUGAUUUGCAGUUUCUUCAAGUUUCGGGUUCGAGUAUACUUGGGAAGACUGAUGGAGGUGGUGAUCCUAAGGUGCAUCAAGGAUGGUACUCCGUUUAUACUUCUGAAGAUCCUAAAUCACCAUUUAACAACACUAGUGCAAGAACUCAGGUUCUUGAAGAGAUAAAAAACCUAGUGGAACAAUACAAAGAUGAAGAGAUCAGCAUAACCAUAACCGGCCACAGUUUAGGUGCAGCACUAGCAACACUCAACGCAGUUGAUAUAGUCGUCAACAAUAUAAACAAACCAAAAGACUCUCUUACAAAAUCAUACUUAGUAACACCCAUAAUAUUCGCAAGCCCUCGAGUAGGAGACUCCAACUUCAAAAAGAUAUUCACAAAAUACGACAAACUUAAGCUCUUGAAAGUACGUAACAUCCUAGACAUCGUCCCAAACUACCCCUUACUAGGGUAUUCCGACGUCGGACAAGAGUUGGUGAUCGACACGACGAAGUCGCCGUACUUGAAGAUCCCCGGUACAUUCACGAAUUGGCACAAUUUGGAGGCAUAUUUGCAUGGGGUUGCGGGAACGCAAGGUGCAAAAGCGUCGUUUAAGUUGGUGGUUGAUCGUCAUGUUGCACUUGUAAAUAAGUCCAUGGAUAAUUUAAAGGAUGAGUAUCUUAUACCGGUUGCUUGGUGGAUUUUGAAGAAUAAAGGAAUGGUUCAACAACCUAAUGGUUCUUGGCUUUUGAUGGAUCAUGAAAUGGAUGAUGAUGAUGAUGAUUAUAUCGACUUUGAUCUUUACAUAUGAUAUUUAUCAUACGUACGCAUACAAUACAUUUUAUGGGUCAGAAUGCCUACAUUUGGGUCUUUCCAAAUCUCACAAGAUACGAACUAACAAUCAGUUUAUGUUGUUUCAUGAUUUUUAUUUUCUAUUUUUGGUUGUUUGGUUUCUACUUUGUUGUUUGGGUUAUACGGAGUAUUACUACUACUAUGAUCCAUAUUUGUAAGUAUUUUCUUCAUCAUGUCUUUUCUUCAUGAUUUCUUUAAUUUUAAUAAAGUGCCACCGUGUUGUACGGCGAUGCACCGAUUGAGUUAUUA